UCACAUUCAGGCUGAUGGACACUCAGGAUCAGACGGGGACAGGACUGCUGUCCAGGCUAUCCAACAUGAUGCAUUUUGGGAGGAGCAGCGUUGGCCCUGCAGAGUCCAGCGUCAGCAGCCAGAGAACAGAGGAGAACACGAGGAGCAGGAGCAGCGAUUGUCGCUGCGCCCUGGCUGCACAAAACAUGAACAACUCCAACAACAAUGAUGGUAAAAAAGAUGAGAAGAAAGACGAAAAGAAAGAUGAAAAGAAAGACGAGAAGAAAGAUGAAAAGAAAGAUGAGAAGAAAGACGAAAAGAAAGACGAUAAGAAAGAUGCCAAGAAAGACGACAAAAAGGAUGAUAAAAAGGAAGAACCAAAGGAGGUGUGGAUCAUGGACCCCGCCACAGAUAUGUACUAUUACUGGCUGUGCACAAUAUCUGUUCCAGUGUUCUACAACCUGAUGCUCCUGGUGGCCAGGGCUUGUUUCAACGAACUGCAGUAUGCAAAUUCAACCACAUGGAUGGUUGCGGACUACAUUUCAGAUGUCAUCUACUACAUUGACACCUUUGUGAGAGCCAGGACAGGUUUUCUGGAGCAAGGUCUUCUUGUAAAGGAUGAGAAGAUCCUGAAAGAAAAGUACAUGAAGACGCGCCAGUUCAAAUUAGACAUCAUAUCAAUCAUUCCCACAGAUAUUGUUUUCCUCAAAAUUGGAGUUGACAACCCAGAGUGGAGGUUCAACCGUCUCUUUAGGUUAGCGCGGCUCUUUGAGUUCUUUGACCGGACUGAAACUCGAACCAAUUUCCCCAACAUCUUUCGAAUUGCUAACCUUGUACUUUACAUCAUUAUCAUUAUCCACUGGAAUGGUUGCCUCUACUUUGCCAUCUCCAAGGUACUUGGCUUUGGCUCAGACACCUGGGUUUAUCCAGCCCCCACUAAUCCUGAAUUUGCUCGCCUGGCGAGACAGUACAUCUACUGCUUUUAUUGGUCCACUCUUACCCUGACCACUAUUGGAGAGACACCACCCCCAGUCCGAGAUGUUGAAUACUUUUUUGUGGUAGUUGACUUCCUCACUGGGGUUCUGAUCUUUGCUACAAUUGUAGGCAAUGUUGGUGCCAUGAUUUCCAACAUGAAUGCUGCACGUGUAGAGUUCCAGGCUAAGAUUGACUCUAUCAAGCAAUACAUGCAAUUUCGAAAGGUCACCAAAGACCUGGAGGCCAGGGUGGUGAAGUGGUUUGACUACCUUUGGACGGAGGAGAAAACCUGUGAUGAGAAGCUGGUGCUGAAGAACCUGCCGGACAAACUAAAAGCUGAGAUAGCCAUCAACGUCCAUCUGGAGACUCUAAGGAAAGUGCGCAUCUUUCAAGACUGUGAAGCAGGUUUGCUUGUUGAGUUGGUCCUUAAACUUCAGCCACAAGUUUUCAGUCCUGGUGACUACAUCUGUAAGAAGGGGGACAUUGGCAGAGAAAUGUAUAUCAUCAAAGAAGGAAAGCUGGCUGUGGUAGCAGAUGAUGGGGUGACCCAGUUUGUGGUCCUCAGUGAUGGGGCAUACUUUGGAGAAAUCAGCAUCCUUGGUAUCAAGGGGAGUAAGGCAGGAAACCGAAGAACAGCCAACAUUCGAAGUGUGGGCUAUUCUGAUCUGUUUGCCCUGUCCAAAGACGAUCUGAUGGAGGCACUCAUUGAGUAUCCUGAUGCUAAAACCUUGCUGGAGGAGAAGGGAAGGUCCAUUCUGAUGAAAGAUAAUCUCAUAGAUGAGUCACUGGUCGCUGCUGUUGAUGUCAAAGACUUGGAGGAAAAGGUCAACAAAAUUGAGGGGAAUAUCGAGGUCAUGACAGUCAAAUUUCGAAAGCUAACAGACCAGUAUGAAUCUUCCCAGCGUAAACUAAAGCAACGGCUCACCAAUAUCUCAAACCAGGUCCGAACCCUCAGAAUAGACGAGUAGAUCUUGGCUUGGCGCUGCUACUGCUGGUCUUAAGGACUUUUCCAUUUCAGGGCAUUCUUUCUGAGGUCAUUCCAUGGUGCUGUUGGACUCGUCACCAAAUAGCACAUGACCAGCACUUGGACAGUGGCUGUCUCCAUUCAUUAAUCCUAUAUAUGGUCAAAUAGAAAGGUUGCCUUGAAGGACCACUCUCAUACACACAGACAUUCAGAGGGCUGGGUAAUUCCAUACUUCCUAAGUACCAACUGAUAAGCUCAGUCCCUAGGGACUUGGGUUGGGAACCAGAGGGUUGCUUCAAGUCCCCGUCUGGACUUAAUAUGGAGUGUGAACUUGGCACUCCCAGGCACUACCGAGGUGAUCUUGAGCAACGCACUGAAACCCCAACUACUUGGGGCGCCUGUCCAUAGCCAGACCCUCACUCUGACAUCUCUCCACUUAAUGCAUGUAUAGUUCCUGUUCGUGUGUGUAUUCCAAGCCUGUGUGUACAUGACAACAGCGUGACAAAAUUGAAUUUCCCCUCAGGGAUUGAUAAAGUAUCUUCUUCUUUGUGUCCCUACUGAGUAUCAUAAAACUGUUACUUCAAUAGAUAAUAGGAUACUUGGUAAGAUUUUCGUGAACAUUAAACAGGCACUUUCUGAUCAUUUAGAUCAUUUUGUACUGAUAUACACAGUAAAGUUUCAUUGCAGCCGUUUAUGUGAUGCAGUUGAGGUA